CAUAACUAUCCACAUGGUCCUCACGUGCAUGUCACGCGCUCGGUGCUAAUAUUGUGAGAGGCAAAGUCGAGAUGAGAAACAGCAUCAGCAGGCGAUGGCGGAUGAAGCGAAGCAGCGAUCCCUCCUCCUCGAAUCCGCCUCGCGUUUUCCUCUCCCCUCUGGGGCGAAGUUCUCGUACGGGACCGCCGGGUUCCGGUCGCAGGGCUCGAUGCUGGCAUCGACGGUGUUCCGGGCGGGGAUACUGGCAGCGCUGAGGUCGCUCACGACCGGAUCCACCGUCGGCCUGAUGAUCACCGCCUCCCACAACCCCGUCGCCGACAACGGUGUCAAGAUCGCCGACCCCGAUGGCGGCAUGAUGACUCAGCGAUGGGAGCCCUUCGCCGACGCCCUCGCCAACGCCCCAUAUCCCGAGCACCUCCUCCAAUUGGUGAUUCAGUUUUCAAAGGAGGAGAAUAUAACAAUAGGAGGGGGGCAGUCUGCACAGAUAUUAUUGGGAAGAGACACGAGGCCUAGCGGUGAAGCUCUUCUUGAAGCUGCAAAGCAGGGAAUUAAUGCUAUAAUUGGUGCUGUUGCAAUCGACAUGGGAAUCUUAACAACCCCACAACUCCAUUGGAUGGUUAGGAGUAGGAAUAAGGGAAUGAAGGCAUCUGAGCCUGAUUACUUUACGCAACUCUCAAGAUCUUUUAAGUGCCUGAUGGACUUGGUCCCUAAAGAAAAAAUAAAAGAUCGGAUGGAUACAAAACUUGUUGUAGAUGGAGCCAAUGGUGUUGGUGGAGGGAAGCUUGAAGAACUGAAGAAAAUGAUGACAGGGUUGGAGAUUUACGUGAGAAAUUCUGGUAAGAAAGGAGAAGGGAUACUUAACGAGAGAUGUGGUGCUGAUUAUGUGCAGAAGGAGAAAGUUGUUCCAUGUGGUUUUGGCCCUGAUGAUGUAGGAAUAAGGUGUGCUAGUUUUGAUGGUGAUGCUGACAGGCUUGUUUAUUUCUCUGUCUUAUCACAAAGUAGUGAUAGCAUUGAUCUUGUCGAUGGAGAUAAGAUAUUAGCUCUCUUUGCAGUAUUCAUCAAGGAACAAUUAAGUAUUCUUAAUCAGAAGGAAAAUGAACUAUACAAAGAAUUCCCAGCAAGACUUGGCAUUGUUCAGACGGCAUAUGCGAAUGGAGCAUCAACAGAUUACCUCAAGCAGCUGGGCCUGGAAGUAGUAUUUACUCCUACAGGUGUAAAAUAUCUGCAUAAGAAAGCUUUAGAGUAUGAUAUUGGAAUAUAUUUUGAGGCAAAUGGGCACGGAACUAUUCUAUUCUCAGAAAAUUUUAUAUCUAGAUUGGAGGCUGUGAACAAUGAACUUGCCUCUGGAUCUGCAGGUUCGGAGCAUCAUAAGGCUGCUCUUAGAUUGUUGGCAGUCAGUCAAUUGAUCAAUCAAGCAGUAGGAGAUGCCCUUAGUGGGUUGCUUUUGGUGGAGGCUGUGCUGCAAUAUAUGGGAUGGUCAAUCCAAAGGUGGAGUGAACUUUACAGUGACCUGCCCAGUAGGCAGCUGAAGGUAAAAGUUGCAGAUAGAAGCGCUGUAGUCACAGCAAAUGCAGAAACACAGGUUGUGAAACCAUUGGGACUGCAAGAAGUGAUAGAUGCUGAGACUGCCAAGUACAAUCGAGGGCGAUGUUUUAUCCGACCAUCUGGUACAGAGGAUAUAAUACGUGUUUAUGCUGAGGCAUCCACACAGGAAGCUGCUGAUGGUCUUGCCCACUCUGUGGCGCAACAUGUUGAUCACUUUCUUGGGUUUUGCAGUCCUCACCAAUUGGCUUAAACAGACAAAUUUCCAAAUUUUGAAUAUUUAGUUGAUAGGUCAUGAUGCAUGUGGAAACAUAUUAAGGCCAGCUUUAUGAAACUCCAGUCAUUAACUGUUCUUGUUAAGGGGAGAGUAAGAUGAAUCCAAGUAUAUAUCAACUUCUACAUUCAUCUUGCAGAGGAACUUGAAGGAUUUAAAGCAGAUAUUUUUUAUAUCAUGAUUAAUGCUAGAUUUAGUUUUGUUGUUUUUGCUGACAGGAAAAUAAUGUAAACACUUGAUAUCUAGUUGUUUCUGCAGAUUUUUGUUUGAAUAGUCAAGGACCCAAUUAUAUCAUUUUCUAAAUACAUCUAGGUUUAAACAUUGGCAAUAUAUAUUGAUGAAACAUUCUGUUUUUUUCUAA